AUGGAUGAAGAAGGCGAUAAUCUUUUGCUCGAGGAUAAUUACUAUCAAUUAUUGAAUGUUUCAAAGACGGCAUCUUUAGAGGAAAUAAACAGUGCAUAUCGUCGAUUUUCACGCAUGUUCCAUCCUGAUAAACACAGUACUGAUCCAAACAAGCAGAAAUGGGCAGAACAAAUAUUCAACAAAGUCAAAGAGGCUUACGAAGUGCUUUCCGAUUCACAUAAGAGAGCAAUCUACGAUACACUAGGAAAGCGUGGCUUGGAGGUGGAGGGUUGGGAGGUAAUAUUUCGCACUCGCACACCUAGAGAAAUCAGAGAAGAAUAUGAAAGAUUGAAGCGUGAGAGAGAGGAACGAAGGCUUCAGCAGAGUGCCAACCCUCGUGGAACCAUCACAUUGUCCGUAAAUGCUACGGACUUGUUCAUGAAAUAUUACGAUGAGUAUGAGAUUUUGGAAGAUACAACUGUUAUACCAAAUAUUGAGGUGUCCGGAAUGACUAUACAACAGUCGAUUGAUGCUCCAGUGACACUAAGAAACACCAUGACUCUAUCAGGAAACAUAUCAACACAAAAUGGAAUCGGUACGGGGUCCGUGAAUGUUUGUAAUCGUAACCUAAGUUCUGAGAAAGGAUGGACAGAAGUGGAGUGUGGUAUAGGUAAUGGACCUCUCCUCGGUUUCAAAAUAUUCAGGACUCUGUCACGACUGAUGUUCCUGAACUGCGGGACAGUUUUGCAGUUUACACCAAGAGGAAUUUCACCAAGUCUUGUAUCAACCAUGGCUGUGCAACUAGAUGCUCACUCUGUGGGUUACUUGACGUAUCGCGCUGGUGGACAAGGUGGCUCUUCUAUGACUUCCAUUUAUGUUCGAGACUCGGAGAAAUACCAUACAAACACUGCGCUACAGAUCGGCACUCCUCACUCUUUCAUAUCAUUCAACAUCAUGAGAAAACUGCCUCAGCACGACAUGAAACUCAGACUGGCCUUGAAGUUGGGAACGUUUGGCGCAAUAGCUGAAUAUGGUGCUGAGAAAAAAGUUUCUCAGAACAGCAGCGUGUCAGCGGCCGUCAUGCUAGGAGUUCCAAGCGGAGUUAUGCUUAAAUUAAAAUGGACGUGUUCGUCACAAACCAUUGUAGUACCAAUCCACCUAUGUGAGGAGGUGAUGCCAUCGCCUGUGUUCUAUGCGACUGUGGUCCCUCUGGUGUCAUGGUUGGUUCUAAAAAAGAUCAUCCUCGAUCCCAUUGCUAGAGAACGACAGGAGCGUGAGAGGCAGCGGUCUAUGGAGGCUAAUUACGAAAGGUUACAGGAAAUGCAGCGGCAGGCUCGAGCCACUGUAGAACUGAUGAGAGAAACGUACUCAAGAAUCAGGUCUGAUGAGGAGAAAAAGAAAGGCCUGGUCAUUCUCCGAGCUAUAUAUGGAAAGUUACCCUCAGGUGCGUCUGGUCACGAAGUAGGAGCAGAGCCGACGGGUGACGGUGUGUCGCCGGAGAGCCCCACCAUGCUAGGAGAAGUGAUAGACGUCACAAUACCGAUACAAUGUCUCGUUAAAGACUCUCGGUUAGAACUGCUCGAAGCAAGCAAGUCUGAGCUGCCCGGAUUCUACGACCCGUGCGUUGGUGACGACAAGCACUUGACCAUUCAGUACAUGUUCCACAACAACCUACACUGUUGUACUGUUUCCGACAGCCAAGCCCUCGUUCUUCCACGUAAUAAUCAUCGGAUAAAAAAUAGAUCCUGA